AACCAGUUCUCUUCUUUCUGUUGUUCGCCCACAGUUAUGAGCCCGGAUUGCACUCGCAAUUGACAACGACUGCGUUCACUAAGUACCCUAAUAGCCACAGUGUGGCGUCACUACUAGAAUACCUUGCCGUUGCUCCUAUAGCAUUGAGAGCCCGGCUCAGUCAUACGAUCGAAAGAUCACGAUGUCGCUCAGCGAAGCGGGAGUCACACGCGUGACUGUUAUACUGGAUAAACCAGCAGACUGGGAGUCGUGGUUCCAGCUACGACGUGAGAAGGCCGUCGUAGACGGUAUCUGGAAAUACUGCGACAUCUCGAAACCGAAGGAUGAGCUACCGAAGCUUAUUGAACCCACGAAACCAUUACCUAGCAUGGUUAAGGCUGAAGCAACCGCGAUCAGCCAGCUAGACGCAGGCCAGCAGGCGAUAUACAGCGAUCUCCUUCACGACUGGAGAUUCGAGAGAGCAGAAUAUGCGAACAUGAAGCGACGAGAAGGCGAGCUUCUCAUGGAAAUCAGCCGUACGAUUGCAACUCGCCAUCUCUACCUAAUCAACGGAAAAGAUGACAUCUAUGAUCGACUGAUCACGCUCAAACAGCAACUUGCACCAACAACAGCUGCACGCAGUAGAGAGCUAGUAGCCAAGUACCGCGCUCUACAAGAGAAGCCUCGAGGACGCAAUCUCGAGCAAUGGCUUGACGAGUGGAUUCACGUCACGAAUCAAUGCAGGGAGGCAGACCUUCCUGAGACGACAGGCUAUCGAGCCCAAGACGACUUUCUGACAGUUGUCAGAGCGAUUGCCCCUGAAUGGGCUGGAUCGGCGCAUCAAGACCUUAUCUUAAAAGAGACUACCGGAAGAAUAAAUGAGAUUCAACCGCUAGUAGACUAUAUCGCGCAGUUCAGGAUGUAUCACCGACGAAUUGGACCUCCUACGGCCUCACUCGGGACUUUCGCGACUCUAGGCGUUGCGGAACAGCAGAUCCAGAACCAGAAAGAAGAGCAAUCAUCAUGCAAGACCUAUCAGAGGACACCACAAUGUGUUUGUGGAGGCAUACACUGGUAUAAGGACUGCUGGUACCUCGUUCCAGAUCAUCCAAAAAGACCGAAGAACUUCCGGCCUAAUAAGGACAUGCAGGCUAAGGUGACUGAAGCCUUAAGAAAUCCAGCACAAGCAAGGAGGAUUAAAAGUAUCCUUGCCCAGGAUGGCAAGACGAUUGAGAAGGCAAAUGAGCUAUUGAAGCUUGAUGACGGGAAAGAUUCAGGCACUACUAGUCAAAGCCUUGCUGCCUACAGCUCAUUCACAGCUGCCCGACGCGAUCUUCACCCCAACUCAUCAAGGCUUCUCAUCUACCACACACCUCAAAUCGAAAACUGA